AUGGGCACGAUGAGUUUGACUUCACGAGAGAUUCAAAGGGUGACACCCAGCUAUCGCGUUUUGAGCUGCUUCGGGCGAGCCUUGCGAAGCAAGAUCUUCCAGGAACGUUACCACUUCAGCAAGCCCGCUGAAAGGAUACCGCAGUUUGUUUCGCACAGCUGGCAUGGUUCCGCAUGGAACAAGAUCUUCAUGCUGUUCGUGCUGAAAAACGGUCUUCCUGCCAUAGCAGCGGGAAGCGUCUUUGCGUUCAUCAUGGUAAUUUUGAGCAGCUUCAACAUGUUGCCUGGCUAUGACCGCCAACCGCUGAUCGAGCCGGAUAGAACCUAUGUUUUCGGGCCAUGGGGUAUUUGCUUUGGUAUGGUGACUGCCUUUUUCGUUCUCAUUUUCUACCGACCUCGCGACCGGGUCUUUGUGGACAAGAUCUGCAUCCACCAGACUGACCCGCGCUUGAAGUUCGAAGGUGUCCUGAACAUCUGUGCCUUCCUGAAGAAUUCGGACUCCAUGCUGGUGUUGUGGGAUGCCACCUAUGUUGAGAGGCUUUGGUGCGUCUUCGAAUUGGCCGCCUUCCUGAAGAGCCGCGAGAGCGGCACAGCGACGAAGCUCUUUAUUAGGCCUUCCAUCCUCGGCCCUAGUUCAAUAGCAUCCUGCCUGGGCCUCUUUGCCAUGCAGCUUUCCCAGACCGCGGUUCCAUGGGCGAACCGCUUCCAUGGGUUCUUUAUCUGGGCAUGCGUCUGUUGGGUUGGCCUGUUUUCCGCUGUUUACGUUUGGCGGAGCUAUUACAGGCAGAUUGACAACAUGAAGAGCCAACUUCAAAAUUUCAGCAUUAGCAACACAAAAGCGAACUGUUGUGAGAGGGGUCACGUGGAUCGACAGGGUCGAAGGAUGCACUGUGACAAGGACACAAUCACUGAAUGCGUCCGGCAGUGGUUUGGCUCCGUCGAGGAGUUUGAAAAACAUGUCAGGUCUCAUGUGGCGACUGCACUGACGCAAGGCUUGGGGAACUUGGUAUUUCCAUAUCCCUAUCUGCUUGCUGCCGGAGCACCCUCCUUGUGGGGACAAGCCGAUUUCAUUGCCUCCCGGCUGCGGGAGGGCGAGUUCUACUUUGCCGGGGUUACAGCCAUCUUCGGUCUUGCAUACUGGCUGGCCGCAAUCCCAUACAUCUUCGCUUCAGGAGCACUCAUCAACUACAAGUUCCGCCACAGGUACCAUCCCUGUGUGGAUGCCGUGAUGCCCUUCUUCGUGACGGCCUUUAUUGUGAUAGUACCUGGUGGUGGCCUCUACUUCCUGCAGGCGAGCCUGCUUACCGUGGAUGAGAUGCUAGCAGCGGUGAUCUGGGCCACGGUCACAUCUGCGCUUGCCAUCCUUGCCUGGCGAGCGUGUUGGAGGGAGCCCAUGCUCCGCUUCAGCGAUGGCUGA